AUGUUUCGCUUUCAUAAAACCCUCGACAUCAUCACGCUCUUCCACAAACCUACUCUCGCGUCCUCCGCCAAAGCGUUAUCCGUCCUGCAAAAGGCCUCAACGGCCAUAAAAGAAGGAGCAGCAACAUCCCCUUCCGGUACACCACUACGAAGCUCCGACUUCGAGCUAAAUGUUACCGAAGAGCCGCCGACCACAGACCAACUCAAGCUUAUUAUGGAUUAUAUGACUUCUUCUCCUCUUGCUAGCGGGGGUAUCGGGGUGGGAAAGCCGGGUGACUUGGUGUCCGGCGCCACGGACAAAUCCGAUGCUGUUAAGAAGUUGAAGGAGAAUGCUGAUAGCUUUAUAAGGCCUGUGGUUGUUGAUUGGAACAAUGGGAAAGCAGUGGUUGCUACGAGUGAAUCGGCGAUAUUGAAGUUGCUCUCUGAGGAGACUUAA